UAGACGAGCAGAGUCCUUAGUAACGGGCCGCAGCGAGCGGCCCGAGCCUCCCUAGCGACGAUCCAGCAUGGCCGAGGACGGGGCUCUGGGUGACCAACCCCGGGCCGCGGACGUGGUCAAGGCGCUGGGCCGGCACCUGGGCGGCCUGCAGGAGCCCGGCCGGGAUGCGCGGCUGCGGGCUCUGCGGGCCAUCCGGGCCGAGGUGCAGGAGCGGCCGCUCUCGGCCCUGGUGCUGCAGGAGGUCUUCGCCAAGCAACUGCUGCGGCCGCUGGUGCGGUGCCUGGUGGGGGAUCCGGCCGAGCGCUGCCGGGAGCUGGCCGUCCAGCUCACCUGCCACGGCCUGAGCCACGGCGCCCGGCCCGCUGAGGCCCUGCCCUGCUUGCUGCCGGCCCUGGCCCAGCGCCUCUGCUCCCCGCAGGGGCAAUCGCACGAGCCCUGCGAGGAGCUGCGCCUGGCCCUGAUCCAGCUCCUGAGCCUCCUGCUGGAGCUCUGCGAGGCCGACCUGCCCACCUACCUGCCCGAGAUCAUCCGCAUCCUGCAGGCCACCCUCCUCGACCCCUACCCCGAGGUCAAGCGUGAAAGCUGCAGGUGUGCGGCCGCCAGCGCCAGGGCUAUGCCAGAACACUUUCAUAUGCAGUCAGAAUUUUUGAUAAAACCCUUAAUGCAAACAGUUUCACACCAGCACUUCCGAGUCCGUGUUGCUGUGAUUCAGGCCACAGGAACGGUGAUACAGUUUGGCAACGGAAAGUCUGUAGAUGAUGUUCUCUCUCAUCUGGCCCAGCGACUUUUUGAUGAGAUUCCUCAGGUUCGGCAAGCAGUUACAAGUGUUGUUGGAGAAUGGCUAUUGCACCUGCGGGAUAGAUAUUCUUACUUUCACAAGUUGAUUCCUUUAUUACUCAGCAGCUUUACUGAUGAAAUGCCUGAGAACAAGCAACUGGCUGUGAGUUAUUGGAAGAGGAUAGGCUUGCAGUGGGAAAAAGAGAAUGAAGAGGACCUUAAGGAUAAGCUUGACUUUUAUUCAGCACCAUCUCAUUAUCCUGAAGGAGUGGUUCGACCAGAAUUGGGAUGUCGGGAGCUUGUUACAAGAAACCUCUCCAAAAUUCUUCCCGGUCUCUGUCAUGAUGUAACAGACUGGGUUGAAGGCACCAGAAUAAAAGCAUCUCAGCUUCUGUUUAUAUUGUUGCUACAUGCAGAGGAUCACAUUACACAGCACAUGGAGCUACUGCUUACAACUUUGUACCGAGUAUGCUUAAGUGAAGAGAAUAAUGUGGUUAGAAAUUGUGUGAAAGCAGCAGAGUUGAUUGGAACGUUUGUUAGCCCUAAGGUAUCUCUGAAGUUACUGGUGUCAGCCCUUGAAAAAACACCUAUGCCUUCUAAUCUCAUGAUUCUAGCUGCAGUGAUACGAGGUUGCCCAAGACAAGUCUUAAAGCCUCAUUUGUCUUAUCUUGCCAACACACUCUCACAACCUGAGAUCUGUCAGCGAUCUGAAGAGAUCUUUUAUAUGGAACAAUUGCUUUGUUGCGUACAAGCGAUAACUGAAGUGUGCCAAGAAGACUGCAAAGAAAUUAGCCUGCAGCUAAUGAAAGUUUUGGUGACAAUAAUGGCAAUACCACGCACCGAACAUCUUCAUGAAAAGGUAGAGGAAUCAAUGUGUUCAUUAGCUCAGGUGCAGCAUUUGAGUGGUUUUCUUGAUCUCUAUAAACAACAUAUAGAUCAGCUUAUGGAAUGGGUAUCUGUAUCGCAUGAUUGUUGGAACUGCUAUUCUCCAGAAGUAUUACAGUUAGAUGUCAUUGCCACUCAUUCAGGUCCUAUAAUAGGUGAAGCCCUUCAAGACUUCAUUCCCAUCCUUAAGACGUGUCUUCAGCCAACCAAAGACCCACUAAUGCGCUUAAAGCUUUUCACUAUUUUAUCACAGUUGCUCCAGAAAGCAAAUGAGACCAUCAACUCUCAGGGUGUCUCGCAAUAUAAAAGAAGAAACCAUUUGAAGAUUUGUCUUUAUUUUAUGAUUUCUCACAUCUGUCCAGUGUUACUUGUUCAAUUACGUAUAUGCUUCUUUUUAGAACUCUUAAAGCGGCUGGAUGAUGCUGCACACGAUGUACGACUGGCAGCUGCUCAAGCCUUAACUGACUGGUUUAAAUGUAUAAGAAAUGAUGAUGAAAAAACUGUAAUUAAAAGUAAUAUUGAGUUUCUUUACCGAGAACUGUUGAUUCAUCUGGAUGACCCUGACCAAAACAUCCAACGGGCAGUCUUAGAAGUUUUAAAAGAAGGAAGUGUUUUAUAUCCAGAAUUACUGGUGAAAGAAAUAGAAGCAGUUGAACAUAAGCAUCGAACUCCAGCGUACUGUAAUCAGCUACUACAGCACAUUCAGUCAACCGGGGAGUAGAAUUUCUGAGUCAGGAGUGGCAACGUUGUCUCUAAAGAGCCUUGUUUGAACUUUAUAUGAACUGGAAUUGUCUCAUUUUCAACUCUACAAUAAAAUAAGUUGAGCAAUAGAUGUGUGGCUUCUUUGCAAAUAGUAUCUUCUUUAAAAGUGAAAUCAACACAGUCUGAUAUCUUGCAUUGCAAUUUCAACAGGACUGUGCAUAUUUACAAUUAGUACUACAAACCAGAAUGUUUUAAUUUAAUUAAUUCCUUAUUGAAAGUAUUUGGGUUGGGACAAGAAUGCUCUUUGUGAAUUUAUCUAUCAAUAUUUAUUGUUGAGAAAGCUAACUUUUAGUUUACAAACUAACCUCUAUGUAAUGUACCCUCAGGCCUAAAAUUGUAUUAGUGAAGCUCAUGUAGGCCUCAAUCCUGCAAGCUGCUGAGUACCUCAAGCUCUGGGAAUUGCUCAACACCUUGCACAGCAUCAAGCCCUGCCAUUGCUACCCAUGCUCAAUUUAAAUUGCAUCAAGCAACAGAAUUUUUACACCAUUUUGUGUACUGAUGCUCUUAAAGUACUGUAUUAGUUAAAAACAGAGCAGCUGACCCAGCAAACACCGCAGAGUGACAAGCUUAUUUUUUAGAGCAGCGCUAUUCAAAUUAAAGGUAUAUUAGUCACAUAAGCAUCAUACUUGACAGCAUUAGCAGAAUAGGACCCUUAGUUUCCAACAUGCCUCCGUUGUAACUAGCAUCACAUUUUGCAAUGUUUAAAAUAAAACCAUUAACCCAGAGGGGAAAACGUUUAUUUUUCCACAGUACUUGUAAAUUGACUGAAUCUCUUUGUACUACGUUUACUUCUUGCAGUAUAUAAAAUGAGCCUAUACUAUUCUGAGCACAUAUGUCUUUUAAAAAAUGCUUCGUAUUGUCACUGUAUUGCACUGUCUGAAUAGAGAAGAAUUUAAUGAGAAUAUAUUUAGAAAUAUACGAUAAGGAAUUAAGGAUUUUACAUGACAUUAAAAACAAUGCUCUUUUGUUACAAAAAUAUACUUAGAUCAAUAGUAUUUUUAUUUUUGUACUCGUUAAUUACAUGGCAUCUGUAUUUUUUAUUGUUUACACUGUAGUGCCUUAAACGAACAAGAAUUUUGUCUUUGGGUAUUGUGUUAAAUCUAAUUUUAGGUAACCGGUUUGAUCUUUUUUUUAAGAUUUUCUUUUAGUGUAUACAGUAUGGUUUCUUUCUGUAUGUUGCGCUGUAUAACUAAAAACUAU